AUGCGCACAUACGCAAACCUUCACAUCGCCCUCGAGCAGAUGCGCGUCCGUACCCUGAGGCAAAUACGCGGCUCUCCACCACCUCCGGGUGACACCUCGAAAACCGAUCCUCCAAGAGUCCUCGUGCUGGGUCCUGAUCAUUCCGGAAAGACGUCCGUCUGCAAGCUGCUCGCCAAUUACGCUGUUCGUGCCGGGCAAGGAUGGUCGCCGUUCCUUGUGAACGUUGAUCCGAGUGAGGGAGGCUGGGCAACUCCGGGUGCAGUCUCCGUGGCGCCGGUGUAUGGUCCAAUACCGACGGCAUCACCAGCAAACCCUCUCGGAACGGCAGCAAGUACGGCACCCAUGUCACUAGCUUCAAACGCUCUCCUCCCAUUGGUGUAUUGGUAUGGGCAUGCCGAGACGAAGAGAAACCCUCUCUUGAUGGAUAGGCUAAUACGGAACCUCGGAGAGAACAUCAGUGACCGGUUUGAACUCGAUCCAGAAGGGCGAGCGUCAGGUCUGAUCGUAGACACUCCUUCGUCAUUUGCUUCUGGUCCAUCCUCAAAUGAUCACCGGCACAGGCUCAUUAAAGCGUGCAUCGAUGCCUUCAAAAUUAAUGUCAUUGUGGUCGUCGGACAUGAAAAGCUGAACGUCGAGAUGCAACGUGCUUACGGCUCAUUGCUGACUGUCGUGAAAAUUCCGAAGUCUGGUGGAGUAGUAGAGGUAGACCCUUCGUAUCGUGAACGUGUCGUCAGCUAUCAGUUACAUUCGUACAUGUACGGUCAAGUGAUCAAGCCGCCUUCAGGAAUAACAAAUGGUUCGUUGGGCGGAGAGAGCCUGAGUGAUCUAGUGCUUUCGCCGUCGUCGACUGUCAUCAACUUCGGCGACCUUCAGAUAUAUCGGAUAGGCUCAGAAACUAUGGCCCCUUCUGACGCACUGCCCGUCGGAGCGACUCGUACGGUCUCGGAGAUGCAGCCUGUGGCGGUCGACCCUGCUUCGCCAGGCUCUGGAUUGCUCAACGCCGUUCUCGCCUUGAUGUCGCCACAAAACCCGGAUGAAAAUGAACGAUACGACGAAGAAAUCCUGGACUUGACGGUCGUUGGUAUCCUAGUUGUGACACAUAUUGACAUGGUGAAACGGAAAUUAACUGUCCUAGCGCCGAAUCGCGGCAGCCUCUCUGGGAAGUCUGCGAUUGUAGGGACGUUCGAGUGGCAAGAUCAGUAG